CACUCGCCGCGUCAUUCACUUGAAACCAACAUGGCAGGUUUCUAUGAUGAUCAGUAUUCCCGGUAAGAUUGAAUAUUCCAGUGCGUGUUAAAUCAGAGAGCUACUUAUUACCCUCGAAGCGUGAUCAGUCCCGUCGCUAAGCACCCGGGGCACCUGAAAGCCUCUUUACCCGGUAGGGUUCCAUUGUAAAAAAGAGUGAAAAGUUGAAGAGUUCGCAGAGUGGCGUGUGGUCGGCUGUGGGCGCAUAUCGUUCUCAGUGAUUCCUCUUGGCCUCCAGAAGUCUGCGGCUCAUUUACCCGGCUGUGAGAGGCUGUACCCCGGCUCCCAGGUGGCGUGGCGUCUCCUCUACUGGCCAGCACCAGCGUUAGUGCUCACGGAGUCACCACAAUGGCUGACAAUGACAUUUAUCGUGGGAGUGGAGGUGGUGGUGGUGGAGGACGUUACAAUGAUAGCGGUCGAGGAUAUGGAGGAAGCCGACCCCGGAAACCUCUCCCAACUGAGCCCCCCUACACGGCCUUUGUCGGGAACCUCCCACCCGGCAUUGUCCAAGGGGAUAUCGACCACAUAUUUAAAGAUCAAAGAGUUCGCUCGGUUAGAUUGGUGCACGACAAUGACUCUGGGAAAUUUAAAGGUUUUUGCUAUGUGGAAUUUGAAGAUGUUCAAAGUUUAGAAGAUUCACUGUCAUUCGAUGGAGCAUUAUUUAUUGACAAAAACAUUAGAGUGGAUAUCGCUGAGUCUCGGCGUGGAGAGCGAGGAGGAGGAUUUGAUCGGGGUCGUGGCAGGGGACGAGGCGGUGGACGAGGUGGGGACAUGAAUGAUUUCCGAGGAAGACGAGAUGCUUCAGAUGACUUUGGUGGUCGUUUUAAUAGAAGGGAAGAUGACCGAGGUGGAAGAGGAGGUGGAGGUCGUGCAGGUUUUCCUGCAGGUACAGGUGGUAGGUAUGGUGGAUUUGAAGAGCGUGGUGGUGGCGAGCGAGGAGGGGGUGAUCGAGGAAGCUUCGGUGGAAGAAGUCGUGGAGGGCCACCCGGACCACCUAGUGGGGAUCGCCCUGGACGAGGCGGUGCUGCUGCCCCCGGUGAAGGCGGCUAUAUGAGACGUGACCGCCGAGACAGUGAUCGCUCUCGUAACUUUGAUGACUUCAAGGAACCAGAUCCCGUGGGAGUUUCGUUGUCAGCGGCGUUGCAGUCUCCCCCACCCUCCGGCUCCCCACCACUCUCAGCUGAGGAAUUGUCUCAGAGGCCAAGACUGAAGUUAUUGCCAAGAACUAAAAAGGACCCUGUAAAUCAGAUUGCUGAAACAUCGCAAACAAGCAGUAUAUUUGGCGGAGCAAAGCCUCGGGAGGAAAAAGCUAGAGAUGACUUACAGGAAUAAACAUAAAUAGUUUCUGUAUUCCAUGUGUAGCAGAUGGUGUUAUGCACAGAUGGACCUGCAUACUUUUUGGUUGAGGCUUUUUAUUCCUGCACUAUGUUGUACAUAUGAGGAUGAUGGCCUCCUCCCUCCUCAGCCUUGCAACUGUAGGGUAGCCUGGGCCUACCUUCUCCUCAUCCUCGUCUACUACUGAAGCAAUGGUUUUGGUCAAGCAGCGGCAAAGAUUGACAUGAAUUUUUUAAAGUGAAAAUAUAUUUACUGGCUUUUACUGCAGUGUUAAACUUGAGAUUAACAUGGAAAAAUAAUAUUAAUAUACUGUGUGGGUUUGUGUAAUGUGACAUUGAACUUGCCAGUGAUUUGAACCUAUUGUGAGUGUGUUAAUAGACUACAAAAAUUCUUAGGCAUUUAUCAUUUAUUGCUUUGAGAGACUUGACACUCCUUUUUGUGUCAUGAUGAAAUGUGUGAAAUUAACUUACACAUUGAAGUAAUCAAACUUUCACACAUUACAAGCUCCAGAUAGCAGCCCUUGGGAACCCAAGUGUAUACAAAUCCUUGGUAGCCACCGAGCUUGCUUAAGAUUUCCCGCCAACUUGCCCCGUUUUUAACCCCCUGCUAUGUACGCAGAAUAAGUACCACAUGCCACAAUGUUGUCCAGCCACAUUGGUUGUUAAAUGUAUUAUGCUUCUAGGAUAAAAUGGCUUACAGCACAGUGGCCUGUAGUACAUACAAUUAAACUAUACUAUACUAUGACCAUAUAAUGUUGUGAAACUACUCAGACAUUUCUUGGUUUUUGCCAAGGCAUUUGUUUUAACAAUAACUGGUCUCUGAACUUAUUUUUGAUGCUGCAGGUUAAAUAAAUACAUGUAGUAUAGAUCUGUUGGAACUUUGGCAACUUUUGUUGUUACUCUUGUUCUAAUUUUUUACACAAGAUCCACAGUUACUUGCAUGGAGAAAUUGAGAAAUUACUUGCUGGCAAGGCAUUAGGUUCUUUUUCAUGUGUUGCUUUUUUUGUUAGUCCUGUAUUUUUAUCCGGUGUCCAUUCAAGGGAAGUAUGUAUGUUUGCCAUUCAAAGGAAGAUUUGUUCUUAAUUAUUAUACUGUCUUCGGUGAGUCUGUUCAGAUCACAAUAAAUUUAAGUAAUUUCUAAA